AUGGAAUGCGCCGCAGACGCUCAGAGCUUGAUCUCCAUUUCCCUGAUGAAGAUCCACAACUCCAGGACGCAGAGAGGGGGGAUCAAGCUCCACAAAAACCUGCUGGUGUCCUACGUGCUGAGGAACGCGCGGCAGGUCUACAUCAAGGAGAAGUACGCCGAGAUCUACCGCAUGCAGCAGUACGAGGAGGUGAUGGCGGUCUGCAACGAGAUCCAGGAGCUCGACCCGCUGGACCUGGAGAAGGAGGACGCGGACGAGGAGGAGCGGGAGGCGCCGGACGCUCGCUGCGGCGAGGGGCCGGGCGCGUGCGGCGCGCCGUGCCAGCGCGCGCAGCCGGCGGCGCACAGCGUGUGCGCGCCCGCGGAGGAGGACGACGACGGGGGCAGAGACCCGGGCCCCCAGUACUACCGGAGCUGCUGCGUGGAGGCUUGUCCGGCGCCGCACUGCGAGCAGUUUCCGGUCAGCGCCGGCGCGCACUGCAACAAGACCACGGUGCUGGACCUGGACACUCACGUGGUCACCACGGUGGAGAACGGCUACCUCCACCAGGACUGCUGCUGCGGCGCAAUGCAGUGCGGCCAGAGCCUGCAGAGCCAGGUCCAGAACCAGGUCCAGGGCGCAGAGUCCCCGGCCAAAAAGCGCAAGGUGGAGUUCGGCUGUUGCGCACCCGACGCGGAGGAGGUGUCGGACUUUGCGGCGUUUCGCAAGAGAGCCAAGCGCGAGGACUGUUUCUACUCCACCAACCCAGACUACACGGACACUUCCAACAUCUCCAACCUGAUCUCCAUCUUCGGGUCGGGGUUCUCGGGGCUGCUCAGCAGACAGGCGGACCUGGAGCAGAUCUGUAGCAAACAAGCACUGGCCAGCCUCGGAGCAUGGACUCGCGCAAUAGUGGCAUUUUGA